AUGAAUGGGUUUGACUGGUUAAAGGUACCAGCUAAUGAAUCAAAUACUCCGGCACCUCCCGUAUCAUUCUUAUCAGAUCUGAAUCUUCCAGGAUCCUCACCCACAACGUCGUCAAUUCCUCAACAAAACACUCCAAAUUCUCACAAUUCAAUUGUUUCAAAUCGUCCUUUGUAUAAUCACCGAAGUCAACUGCAAAAUGAUGUAUCCACUUUCGAUGUUCCAUUAUCACUAACUACUCAAGAUUUAACCUUACAAGAACUGAAGACUUAUAUUCGAUGGUAUACCAACAUAUUAACUAGAACCAACACUCGUACCAUCAAUUUACAAGAUGUAUUCAACUUCUUAUCCAAUUUCAAGAUCCCUCAGCCAUUGAAGGAUGAAAUUAACAGAUUGUUCAAGAAUAGAAAUAUCAAUAUUGGGGAAUUCUGUGCCUUGUUGAGAUUGAUCUCUCAUGGGAUGAAAACAGGAUAUAUUAAUAGAUCACUAGUUAAAGAGGUUGCUCCCGUUCCUGAACCUUUGUCAAUUUUAUCGAAGAAAAGACAGAAUGAAGAGGUUGAAGAAGAAUCACCCGAACUCCCUAAAGAUUCCCGAUUAGAUUUGGAUUCAUUUACUACAUUCAUGUUAACUGGAGAAAGGCCUACACCUAAAAGGAGGAAAAAUAAAUCCGUCAAGUUUAAGGAUGAUGUGGUAAGUGAUGUUCAUGAAUCCUCAGUACCUGAAGCAAUAGAUUAUUCAUUACCUAUGAAUGAAAUUUUAAAAUUACAAAGUCAACAACGUAGUCCACAACCAGAUGAAGAAGAAGUACUCAAGGAUAUGAAUGAUCAACUUAAUCAUUUCCAAAAUUUAAAUGCUGUUGACACAGUAUCAAUUGGAGGAAAAACUACCAAUGUUCAUUUAAGGGGAAGUAGAAAUAAUAGUUUAAAUGGCUCUACUGAAGAAUUAUUGAAACCCAAUAUGACAGGUCCUGCUCAAAUGUCACAAUAUUAUUCUCAUUUGGGUCAAGACCAACAGGAAAAUUUACUCAAACCCAAUAGGACAGGUCCUUAUGAUAUGAUGAGAAUGUUUUCUCCUGAUACACAAUCGCAAAUUCAAAGUGAAGCUCCUAAAAUAUCAUUAUCAGCAUUUACAGACCAAAUGACAGGUACAGGACUUAAUACCAUGACCAAUACCAAUAAUACCCCGCCCCCUCCUCCGAGUAGGAGGAAUAGAUCACAAAGCUUAUCCACGCCACCCGUCAAUGAUAGAUAUUCACCUUUGAGUGAUCUUCGAACAGAAUCCGAAGGUAGAGUGUCGCCACGACCUCCACCUCCACCUCCAAGACGAAGAGGAGCCAGCUUUUCUCCAGCUUUACCUCCCAAAAUUCCUAACGACAUUCCAAAUCAACAAGUACAAUAUUCAUACCAACAACAACCUUUUGAGCCACAACAACCCAUUCCUCAUCAUAAUAUUUCUGCGUCCACUUUUUACCCCAACAGCGAAGAAUUGUCUGACAUCCCCGCCCCAGCACAAGGUGUAGGGAGACAAGAUACUAAUGAAAUUUUAGAUGAUUUAAAAGCAUUGCAGGCAGAAGUUGAUAAGAUUCGAGAUAUGACUGGUGGUUUUUAG